AUGCAAACAACUCAAUUUCAAAUCAAUAAUUUUAAAACUAGUUAUUUAAAUCAAACAAAUGAUUAUAUAAUAUCAAAAUCUUUAAAUUCAGAUCUUCCUUUAUCACCGAGAUCAUUUCCUACACGACAAGAAGAAAUAAAAACCACUCAAAAUAAUAUUAUUAUUAAUAAUAAUAAUAAUAAUAUGGAAAAUAUAAUAUCUUUAAGUUCUUCUUCAUCAUCAUCUUCAAUAUUUUCAAAUAAUAAUCAAAAUGAAAAUAACUUAAUUGAUAAUAAUCAAGAUCAAUCACAUUCAAAUAGUAGACCAUCAACUCCACCAACUCCCUGUUCAUCAAUUAUAGGUGGUAAAAAUUCACAAUACAAUAGAAAUAUAAUAAAUUAUGAAAGUUUAUUACAAAAUUUACCAAAUUGUCUGGAUUAUUUACAAUUAAUUGAACCAAAUCCUGUAUCACCACCAACAUAUGAAACUUUACCACCUGGUGGUUGUCCGAAAUAUCCGAUAAAUUUUCCAAUUUCAACCUUUGAUCAACAAUAUUAUGAUAUAUCAUCACAAUUAUCAACUAUUUCAUCAUUUGACAUAUCAAGUACUCCAACUAAUGAAAAACCACCAACAUAUUCCCCAGCCAUUUAUAAAAUUGGUAUAGUUGCAAGAAAAGUAGAAUGGAAUAAUCCUUUCGAAUUAUCAUCAAAUAGAAGUUGGAGAUAUUUUAUAGCAGAAUUAAAUUCAACUCAAUUAAAUUUAUAUAAUAUUCCAACUCAAUAUGAAACUCAAAUAUUUGCAUUUAAUUCUAAAACAAUUAUACCAAAUGGAUAUAAAUAUGAAAAAUCAAAUAAUUCUAUUUUUACAAAUAUAAAUGAUCAUCAAUUUUAUGAUUAUGUUAAAAAAUUAGGAUUAUUAGAUGAUAAUUCAUAUAAUUCUAAAAAAAAGGGAUUAGUUAGAUCAUAUUCUUUACAACAUAUGAGAUUAGGUUUAGCAACAGAUUAUAAAAAAAAAGUUAAUGUAUUAAGAUUAAGAAUUGAAAAUGAACAAAUUUUAUUAAAUUUUGGUUCUAUUCAAGAUUUGAUUGAUUGGAAUUUAUCAUUAAAUGUUGGUAAAGAUGUUUCAAUAGAUAUUUCAGAAAGAGAAUUACCAAGAUAUAGAACAGUACCAAGAAGAAGGAGAAGAAGAGAAAGAGUAGCUGGAAAUACUACCAACGCCAAUAAUACAACCACUAGUAAUGGGUUACAACUAAUGAAUAAUAGAAUUAGAUCAUCAUCAGAUCCAAAUAAAUUAAAAGGUUCAUUAAGUAAAUUAAAAUUAAAAUUAAUUAAAUCAAGACAUAGAAAUUCAAGAACUCAAUCAUUUGGAAGAAAUACUCAAAAUAACAACAUUAAUACUUUUACACCAUUAGCAGUUAAUAGAUCACGUUCAGAAAGUGAUUUAUAUAAUCCAUUGGAAAUUAGUGUUCCGUCAACCAAUAAUAAUCAUCAACAAAGAAAUCAACCAACAUUCUUUAUAAAUAAUGGUUUAGAUUAUGAUGGACAAGGAGAUGAUGAUGAAGAUGAUGAUGAAUAUGAUGAAGAAUUUAAUGAAGUAUUACGAAGAUCAAGAAAUGAAACUUCUGGAAGUACCACUAAUACUAAUAAUAAUGAUAACAAUAAUAAUGACAAUAAUGAUGAUCAAGAAGAUAUACAAAAUAUGUCAGAUUUACCACAUUCAGAUGAUGAAGACGAUGAAGAGGAAGAAGAAGAAGAUCAAGAAGAAUAUGAAGACACAGAUGAGUUUUUCAAUGAACAGCAACAACAACCUACAACUACCCGUCAACAAAGAUCAUCAACAAUUUCAUCAUCAAAUCAUCAUAAUAAUUUAUCUUUUAGUUAUGAACCAGAUUUUAAAUGGAAUCCACCAUUAGAUAAACCACAUAACAAGAGAAAAUAUUAUAAAAAUUGUUUAAGAUGUAUUAAACCAUUAACAAUGGAAGAUUCUUGGUGUUCAAAACCAUUAGUUAAACCAACUACUUUAUCACCAUUAGAAAUGGCUUAUUUAAGAAUAGUUAAAUAUGCUGGACCAACAGGUGAAUUAUUAUCUACAAGUUCAUCAAGUUCAAGUUUAUAUUCAUUAGGUAAAAAAAAUAAUGGAUCUAUUUUUAAAGAUUCAACAAAUACUGGAUAUGUUAGUAAUAAUAAUAAUAAUGGUGGUAGAAGUAUGUUAAUUUUACCUGAUGUUGCAUUAACUAGAUUACCUAAUCAUUUCUUGAAAGAAUUUUUGGUGGGAUCGCAUGGAUUAAUCCCAAGAGAAAUCAUUUAA